AUGGAGAAAAUAACAACCGAAGAGCAACAGAUCAUCAACAGUCUCCAAGCCAACUGGGUCUGGGUCCCCGACUGGAUCGAUUCCUCCAGUAUCAACACCACCGGGCGAUUGGUUAGGUUUACCCGGAGCUUCAAUCUGACAACACUACCAAAUCAAGCAAUUCUACAUGCCUCCGCUGAUACGAGAUACAAGUUAUUUGUCAAUGGCACCCAUAUUAUCACUGGCCCUGCCAGAGGAAGUCCAUUAAUUUGGUACUAUGAUAGCCAAGACAUUGCACCUCAUCUCCAGGUUGGACAAAAUAAAGUGGAAAUCGUGGUACUUCGAUACUUUGCCUCCUCUCGUGGGGGAAUGCCAUUCGAGCGGACAUCCUUCCCUGGCUUGACAAUUAUAGGGUGCGUUGAAACAACCACCGAGACUGUCAAUCUUGAGUCUCGGGAGUCUUGGGUGGCACAGGUGGACGAAAGCGUGGACUUCCCAACUGGGCUUGUGGAUGAUGUUUUUCUCCAUAUCAAUGAGCGUGUUAGGCUCACCAAGCCCAGUCCCGCCAUGACACCAGUACCAUAUAACAUCAAAUGUGUCAAUGGGGAGCUUCCGCCCUGGCGCUUACGUCCACGCGUUAUCCCAAUGCCCGAAACCCAAAAGGUGGCUAUUAAUAUCAUAAAAUCCUGCGAAAGCCCUCUCCCAACAGAGGAAUGGACUGCUUUUCUCGCUGGAAAUGGCUUUGUCACCCUACCAGCUGAGUCCAGUCAUAAACUAGAGCUACAGGCAGAAGUUCACUCGACUGCCUUUCUCAAAUGGAUCUUCAGAGGUGUUCAAGGGUCAUCCGAGGUUGGCCUCAGAGUCACGUAUUCCGAGGGUUAUGAAUUGGAACCUCGUUCAUACCCCUAUUUUAGGUCCAAGGCUGAUCGGCUAGAUGCAUCAAAGGGAGUCAUAAUUGGUCCAUAUGACGAGGUGGUACUCGCUAUCCCGGAUCAAGAAGAGGUGAAUUAUGAGCCCUUUUGGUUUCGAACAUUCCGAGUUCUGCGGGUUGAAAUCACGAUCGGACCUGAGCCAGUCGAGUUGGUACGCUUUGACGGAACCCAGGUGAAUUAUCCUCUAGCUGUAAAAGCUGGUUGGGAGAAUCCCGAGGAUCAAAGCAGCAAGGAUAUUUGGGAUGUGUCAAUUCGAACCUUGAGAAACUGCAUGUUUGAUGGCUACUCAGACUGCCCAUUUUAUGAGCAACUCCAAUAUUCCGGAGACAGCAGAUCUGUUGGGUUAUUUCACUACCUUCUAUCCGGUGACGACAGGUUGAUGCGACAAGCAAUCACGAACUUCGCAUCUUCCAUCACACCUGAAGGACUUACACAAUCACGCUUCCCGUCGCACGUUCCUCAGGUCAUUGCCGGCUUCCCACUUUAUUGGAUUCUCCAGGUGUGCGAUCACCACCUCUUCUUUGGUGACACAAAAUAUUCUCGCUCCUUUGUCCCACGCAUAGACGGGGUCCUUGAUUUCUUCGACUCAUACAUCGACCAACUCGGCCUCGUGAGCGGCAUGUCGGAAGAUGUAUGGCAAUAUGUUGACUGGGUGACGACGUGGGGCGCAACGGCCGAACAUCCCGAUAAAGGAGUUCCAACGUCAGGCCGGAAGUCAAAUCGACACACGUACUUCAGCAUGCUUUACGCAUACGUCUUACGACAGGCCGCACGACUACUCCGCGAUGUUGGACGACCCGGAAACGCGGACGAAUACGAUUCACGCGCCGAGGCACUGGUAACUGCCAUUAGGGAGCACUGCUUCGAUGGCCAAUUUUUCACAGAUUCGACACUCACUGUAGCAAGCGAAGACUCAUACUCACAACACUGCCAAGUAUUCGCCGUUCUUUGCGGAGCUGCGCUACCGGAUGAUAGAGAACGUAUUCUGAUGGGUUCAUUUGACAACCCUGACUUUUCGAAGUGCUCGUAUGUGAUGCGCUUCUAUCUCCUCCGUGCCCUGGCAAUGGCUGGAGACAAGGCGUAUGAAAGAGUCUGGAACGAAAUGUGGGCACCGUGGCGAGGCAUGCUCGCGAACAAUCUGUCGACCUGGGAAGAGGAUGAUGUUCGACAACGCUCCGAUUGCCAUGCAUGGGGUAGUGUUCCGAUAUAUGAGUACUGUACUGAAGUUGCGGGAAUAUUUCCCAUCGCGUAUGGGUGUUCCAAAAUAUUAUUUAAACCGCGGCUCCACCUCACCGGUACCCUGCAGGCAAAGGUUGCAUUGGGUCACGAUAAUAUGGCGACUGUCUCUUGGGUUACCAAUUCUGAGGGCAUGAUUAACGUGGAGCUUGUUUUACAGAAAGCGACUUCUGUUGCAGUUCAGUUGCCGGGUGCGGGUACGAUGGAAUAUGGUCUUGUUGAUAAUGUCAGGCUAGCUUAUGAGCCUCUUUAG